AUGCCUGUGGCAAGCUUGGCGGCCCUGACGCCGCUUCUUGUCGAUCGCGAACAGCUGGGCCAGGCACGAACCGACAUUGAGCGUGCCUUAUUAUACCAUGGCUCGCUGACCAUAUCCAAGCACAUUUAUGCGGCUCGUGGCAUUGAUGUCUUCCUCUUAACCGACCUCUUCCUGAUCACUCGCCAUCUCGAGGAAGAGGGCAAGUAUCAGCUCUUAUGCGAACCCUUGGACCUGGAUCAAUGCAACAUCACCCACGUCUAUUACAACGAUAACUGCGAGUUUGCCAUCGAGGAAAGCUUCAAGCAGCAGAGCAGCAAAAAGCGCACCGCCUCUCGCCGCCAAUCCAACACCCCUGAAGAUGUGAUUGGGUUUCGUGCGCCCACGGGUGAGGAGAAGCAGCACUGGCUCUAUCGCAUUCACAGCGCCAUUUGCCAAGCCAAAGGCAUUCCCAAUACCAUGAAAUCUCCAGCCCAGCAUGAGCUGGUGGAGAUGCGUCGCGACCAAUCCAUCAAUCGCCAGCGCUUUGCCACAAGAGACGACCCCACCGCUACACUUCGAAGCGUUCAUGACAAAACAAGCUCUUCCAUGCUGCGCCCCAGUACCAACUCCAACGAGUCCUCAACUCCAUCAAGCCGCCGUGGAUCAUUCGUGCGCUCAGACGAACAGUUGCUGCGCCCCCCUCGACGAAUGUCGAAUAGCAACUCGAGACGCUCGUCCUCGGCCGCGCUGCUGGGAAACACACCUCCCGUACCAGAGGAUAGCGUGCUGCUUACUCCGACUCAGCGCACACGAUCAACGCCCCCAAAUUCAUCAACCGCCACCACAACUACACAAACACGGCGACGCUCCCAAGAUACUCUCCGACCCAGCUCCAUUCGCCGCAAAUUCGAAGCGCGUGCUCAGGGCGAAGCCUUGACGCCACCUCGACCUGGUCAAGCUUAUGAAAGCCCCAUGUUGCGUCAGCUCCAAAGCAAAGGUGCCAAAAGCCGGGUCCAAACACUGGCCAACGCCUAUAGCCGUGAAAGCUCCAGCGACUCUCUUCUGCAUGCCGAGGCUCCCGCCGCUUCGCGUUCACGCCGCAUCUCUCACGUGACGUGGGAUGAUGCCACUGUGCGUGCAGCUUAUGCGCAAAGCCGUGACUACUUUGCCCGUUUGGAUGGCAAGUUGGGUGAUACACCCACGCGCAAUGCCGCGCCCCGAAGAAGCUCCCUGGAUGCCUUGCCUAUCGUCGAGGGAGAGGUGUCUCAAGAGCUGCUCGAUUGGGAUUUGGAGUUUGACAUGGAUCUUGCCGAGUGUGACGCAAACGAUAGCGAGGAUGGAAGUCGAGCCGCCUCACGCUUGCAAGAUAGGAGAGCUCAGUCGCCCAACCCCCUUCAGCCACACAGCGUGAUCGCCACUUCGGCUUCCCCCCAAGCUUUGGCUCGUGCCAGAUCACCGACGCCCCCUCCCAAAAAAGCUGUUGUGGAUUACACCGAUCCCACUCUGCCCUACACUCCACCAAGGCGGAUGGUACAGGGAGCUGAAGGCAGGCUGGCCCCCGUUGUGAAGCGCAGUCAGAGCUUUGAGGCACUCAAGGAUUAUCAUGAACAUGCUUUUGAUGAAGCUGACAUGCCGGCCCCCACCGCUGCAACACCCAUUACCAAGCCGAAUAACAAACUUCGCCGCCUAUGGUCCAAGCGCGCAAAGAACGGUCCUGAGGAGGCCAGUGGACAUGGUCGCAAGAGUCGUAAAGCGCGCUCAGGCACGCCCGUCAAUGUUCCGGCACUGGACAGCGAGGAAACGGCCGCCAGGCAGCUAGGCAGCUCGUCGCUGCGCGCCGUCCGCAGGUCGGUGCUGUCCACCGCACCGCGGCCUUGGAGCACGUCUUUUGAGGCGGCAACCGGGGAUGAUCCAUUCCAAGCCAUUCUCAACAACAGCCACGAUGGCAAGGAUGCUGGCGUGCUCAAGCGGCGUCACUCGUCUGUGGGCCUGGAAGCAGCCAUCCCCAUUGGCGAAUGUGAUGCCUUGCCCUCCCCGUCCCAUGCCUCGACGCUUGAUCACGAGGAGAACCGCUGCACAUCAACGCCCACAUCAUCAGAGCCACCAAGCCCCAAGGCCGCCAACUCGCCAUUGGCACGGCGUGGGAGCGCGGUGUCCAUAUCAGUGGCCGCCACCGGCGAGGAAAGCAUGGUACGAAUGGCCCAGAGCCAACAAGCAGCCCUAUCCAUGCUCGAGGAUCAGCCGCCCUCUGAGAAGGUGAUGCAAGCGCGCUUGCGCGAUGAAACGGCUGGCACAUAUGAGUUUAUGCCUCUUCGGGGCCGGCCGGCAACAUCGCCACGCGUCUUGACGCCAACCAAGAGGUAUUCGCGGGAGGCGAGACACUCGAUGGUGUUGGAUCUCUCCUUCUUGGACACGGAGCGUCACAAGCAACCCAUGGAACCGUUGAAUUUCCCUGCCAAGUCCCAGCAAGCAACUGAUGAGUCUGUCCAUCAGGCAAAGGUUUCUCUGGCGAAAGACCGGGCCCUUGCGGCUGAGCAGGAAGCACGCGCUCGUCAAACAGCUCAGAUGCCUGGAGGAGUAACCUUGGGUCAGUACCUCGAGUCCACAUGGGCCGAGUUGAUGAACGCCAACGGUCAUAUGUCUGCCAGCCAGCGACACACGCUUUUGACACAGUUGAUGCAGGAGCAACAUGAGAAGCACUCGCUUCUCGAGAUUUUGCGCGAACGCCAGCAGCACUCUCAGCAGCCCGCGCCAGAAGCCUCUCAUCGGCAGAGAUGGACUGGUGAUCUCAAUGUGGAUGUUUACGGCACACAGCAGCCCUUGAGUGACAAGGCCAGUGGCAGCCUUAAUGCCAGCCCAAAGCAGGUCAAUGCAAAGCCGAGCAAUGUACACGCACCUCAAGGCCAACCAGGCUUGACCCGAGUAAGCACGGGUGGGCUAGCAGAGGGCCGGGCCGAUCCGCGACACAUACCUGAGGACGUACUGGCGAUGUACGAGUCGGACCUCAUGAUCACGGUACCAUCCGACCCAGUGCCGGCGGUCGUGAAAUGGGUCAUGCCAGAGCUUACUCAGUUGGUGGUUCAGGACAUCCGUACUCCAUACAGCAACUCCCUCUUCGGCGGCAAGGAACGCGCAUAA